CUCCACGUUGUGUAAGGUGACUACUGCAUAUGUGGAGGCCUCUCAGUCAACCUUCCGUUUCUUGUGCUUUGUCGGAAAAGGAAGGACGUACCCUUGCCUCACAUCCGGCAACUAUGUCUGCGGCAGCUUUUUCCACAAGGGAAAGCUCCACGGCAUUCGUAGAGCUCCGGGGCACCACUACGCCUCCAUUCCUAACCACGCAUCAUGGCUCUUAUUCCGACCUUUGGGACUGGCCUUUUCAUCGGGGCCGGGCAGGCCCUAGCUGCCGGGGGUCCAGCAUCAUUACUCGGUUCAUAUGUACUGAUAUCUGUGUUAACAUACUGCUUGACAACCGCCAUUGCAGAGAUUGCAGCUCACCGGCCGGCACUCAAUGGUACCAUGGUGGCGCACAGCUAUGAAUAUGGUUCGAAUCAUCUGGGUUUCUCUUUGGGCUACCUCCGCUGGUACUCCCUGGCGAUGAUGGUCCCUUUUGAAAUCACCACCGGCAUGGUCAAUCUUGGCCUGUGGAGUCCUGAGCCUCGAAUGGCGGUGCGAAUCUCGAUGGUCGCGGUCCUGAUCCUUGUUUUCAACAUGCUUCCGCAACGGGCCUUCCGACGAACAGAGGCAGUGUUUACAGGGUUGAAAUUUGUAACUACUGCGGGACUGGUGGUUUUCUCGCUGUAUCUGGCCAUCCGAGGUCUUCCGGGGACCCCUAUACGAGGCUUUCGUUACUGGCACGAACCUGGACCCCUGAACGAGUACCUAGUUCGGGGCAAUCCGGGACGCUUCUUGGGUUUUCUGCAGAGCCUCCUGUGCAGUGUGAUAUCUUUCACUUUGACUCCAGAGAUAACCGUCCAAAGGGCCGAGCGUUCCAACACGGAGCGAGGUCCUAGCAUCCUAAGCAUGGCCCGGGUUGACAGCAUCCAUUUCUUCGUGCUCUACCUUCUGAGUGUCUUCAUGAUGACCUUCGUCAGUCCGUUUGACGAGCCUCAAUUGACCAAUCAUGGCAUGGGCGCCGGAAUGUCGCCGUUCGUCGUGGGCCUAAUCCGAGCCAAUAUCCCAGCGUUGCGGAUUGUCUUUACCGUGCUUAUUUUCCUCUCGUCUGUCGCCUCUGGACGCUCGUUCCUUUACAUAUCCUCUCGCACACUGUACACCUUGGCUGACUAUGGGCAUGCCCCUGCAAUGUUCACGAAGCGCAACAGAUAUGACGUACCCUAUGUGGCCAUCAUCACAUCUGCACUAUUCUCGGCGUUUGCCUUUCUCUCCCUGGCAGAGUCCAGCUCUGCACUUUUCAACUCGCUGAUGUACUUUAUCACCACUUCCGGCUCCAUCUCAUGGCUGUGUUCGUGCAUUAUAUACCUUCGUUUCCGAAGAAAGACGGACGAGCAGGGCAUUCUCCGAGUCCACCAGUCUCGCAUCCAGCCCUACGGAGUGUAUCUCGGAAUCCUGGGCUGCACUCUGCUGCCCAUUGCCAACGCUCUCAUUCUUGCAUUUCCGGCUCCGUCGCGAGAGGAAACUCCUGUCGAGUCCUGGUCUGAAUUGAGACUCGGAAAUGCUAUCCCCGUGUACCUGGGGAUUACCGCGUUUAGUUCGCUGUACUUUGGCCACCAGUUGAGAGCCAUCAUUCUACAACGGACGUCCAAAUCGGAGCGGGACAGCGUGGAAGCCAAUGCCGCCACCCACCAUAGCUGGUGGAGGAUUUUGUGGUCGGAGCGUAAUGGGCUGUCACCAGCUGCUUCACGGAAUGCUCGCACGCCAAAUACGUUGGAGCCGUGAGAAGUGGUUGUCAGUAGCGUUCCCAUCCUGAAAGUCUUCCGAUACCUGUAUUGUUUGAGUGGUUCUAAUCUCCCGGUCGGCCAUUGCGAUUAUUGAUAUGGCUUGUAUUGAUAGUGGGUGGGCGCCCACCUUGCCACAUGAUACGUUGUGUCUCUGAAAGCCUGCCUCCUUAGUGAUAUUCUUCCCGAUUAUUGAUUUCGUUUGUGGAGAGUU